AGGAUCGCGUGCAGUGCAGUACAGUCUCGUCUCGCGCAGCGCCGAGCCGAGCCGAGGCCACCGCCGCAACACGCAUCCCAAAAAUCCCGAGCCUCCUCGCCGCCGGCGGCCAUGGUGUCGCAGCACGGCAUCCUCCUCGCCACGGGCCUCAUAUCCGACCACUUCGGCCCCCUCGUAGCAAAGGUGUGCGACUGCCUCCUCCGCCAGGGGGCGCUGCAGCUGCAGGAGAUUGUGCGCCGUCUCAACCUCCCGCCCGGGCAGGUGAAGAACUCUCUCCUCGUCCUCAUCCAGCACAACUGCGUUCAGGCCUUCUCGUCGCCCAGCCCCAGAGGCGAUAGGACCAUGACGCUCUACUUGACCAUCUUCAACAAUGUCCUGCACCGGCUGCGCUUCUCAAAGUUUAUCUCUGUUAUCCGUGCGGACAUUCCAGAGUCGGAAGCUCUUAUUGAGGGAUUGCUUCAGAAUGGUAGGCUAACAUUUGACCAACUUGUGGGACGCACAAUCUCUAAAGUGCCAGAAGGCACCAUCCGACCAGCAAGGGAAGAAAUACGAAUGAACUUCAACAGGCUUGUGUCUGCACGUUAUGUGGAACGUUGCCCAAAAGCUGAACCCCAUUUCAAUCCACAGGAAGAUGAACAAUCUACAACUGCAAGGAAAAGAGCUCCUAAAACUGCCGAGGAGGUUCUUUCACUUGAGCAAAAAGUUGUCAAUACUGCAACCCUUUCUGACCCAGAAAGGUUUUCUGAGAUCCCAUACAGCAUGGAGGAUGCAUCAAAAACAAAUGACCGUCCUCAUAAUGUUGUUGCGGGUGCUAAGCGGAAACAUGGAGCCUUUGAGGUAGAUGAAGAGCUCAACUCAACAAUUGCAGAGAAUGAAGUACUUUGGCGGGUAAAUUUUGAGAAAUUUAUAUUCUGUCUAAAGAAGAAGUUUUGUGCAGACCGAAAGAAGCCAAAGCUGAAGGUUGGCACACAUCCUAUCUGGGAGUCAUUUUUUGAAGCUAACUUAACUGACAAAGAUACAAACUCUGUGACAUCAUCAAUAGGCGGUAUUUUGGAGAAACUAGGACAAAAGGAAGGAGGUGCAGCAAUGUCAAUUGGUCAGAUACAACCAGUUCUGGAGGAUUUACAGUGUACUACUUCCACUGGGGAAGAAUUUACUUUUGAUUUACACAAAAUGAUUGAAGCAUGUAGAAAUGAGGAGAUAGAGUCGCUUGUGAAAAAGAAAUAUGGGCAAGAAGCUUUUACAAUCUUUAGGCUAUUGGUCACCCAAGGUUGUGCAGUUGAGACAGAUCAAAUUAUUGACACAACAAUUCUUGACAAGCAGAUUGUUCAUUCAACUUUGUACAAACUAUGGAACGACGGCUACAUAGAUACAGAGAAAAUCGCUUCCGCAGCAGGAACAGGGUACGCGCAGUUUUUUGUAUGGAGAGCCAAAAAUACAUUUCGUGAGCAAUUUGUCGAUAAUCUCUACCAUGCUGCUUUGAACUUGCGCCAGAUGGUGAAUUACAUUGCUGAACUUCUACUCGAGGGCUCGAAGGACGAAACAAAGCUGCGGAACAGAAAGAACAUUUUGAUCCUAGCCCUCACUAGACAUGAUGACUCUCUCUUGCUGUUCUGUGAUUUUUGAAAACACUGAAGCCUGUGUUAGUCUACCAUAAAUGUAAAAAGGAAUCCAGACUGUGAAGUUGGAUAACUGAAUAUCGAAUACUAUAUCUAUACCUGGGCAUCUCCGGCCUGGCCCGGCCUCAAAAUCCAGGGCCUAGGCCCUAUGGGCUUGCCUGUGGGCCGGGCUUGGGCUUGAGUUUUGAGCCCACCGGCAGGGCCGGGCCAGGCUUGGACUUGACAUAUUGGGAUUUUAAGGAAGAGGCUCAGCCCACGGCCCCAAGCCCGACGGGCUUUUCAACAGAUGGGCCGGGAUAGGGCUUCAAAGUAGGCCCGAUGGCAGGGCCUGGGCCAGACCUGGGCUUCAGUUUUUUGUCGUGGGCUUUUUAGGGCCCGGCCCAUGGCCAGAUAUAACUAUAUCUUAGCAGAUUUGACAUAUGAGAACUUUGUUUGUGCGGCGCGUGUUGGUAUCUUUUUCUUUGUUAUGGCA